AUGAAGCGCUUCAGCCAGAGGGUGCAUGCCCAGCUCUCGCGCGGCAAAGACAAAGACCCCAAUAAGCCCAAGAAGAACAAGGAUUCCAAAGAUGGGACUGCAUCCCCCUCGUCGGUCGGCUCAGGCCGCGAUGCAAACCAGUCGCCUAACCCGACUCCUUCAUCCUCGACGACAAACCUCUCCGAUUCCCGCAAUAAGCCGCUGCCGCCUAACAACACCGGCGCCCACGGCGGAGAACCGAACCAGCCGUCGCCAUUGAGCAACCAGCAAGGUGCUGCCCCGGAUCGCUUUGGCUCCACGGGAGCGGCCCAAAGUGCUAACGGUGGAGGUUCUCCAGCUCGUCAUGGCACCCUACCGCCAACCGUCAUCAUCAGCCCCAGCGCUCCUCACGUCCCGCCCCCUGGUGCUGCCGAAACCAUGCCACACGAUCUCGCGCCUCCGAAAGCGGGCACCAAGUCGCUCAUGUUCGAUCGCCUCCACCAGACGCCCAAGGACGUGCCCGAGGGCCUCAGAACACCCAAGCGACAGCACUCGUCGAGAUUCGAUAUCUCUGCUCACCGCGAGCUGGAGAAGCUGCCUGGAUUCCACGAAGUUCCCCCCAACCGACGCCAAGAGCUCUUCAUGCAGAAGAUUGACCAGUGCAACGUCAUUUUUGACUUCAAUGAUGCCAGUGGUGACAUGAAAUCCAAGGAGAUCAAGCGACUCGCCCUCCACGAACUGCUCGACUACGUCGCUAAUAACCGUCAAGUCAUUACGGAGCCAAUGUACCCUAGAGUUGUCGAAAUGUUCGCCAAGAAUCUCUUCCGACCCAUCCCGCCCCCGAUGAACCCCCAAGGAGAAGCUUUCGAUCCGGAGGAGGACGAACCCGUCUUGGAGGUUGCUUGGCCGCACAUUCAGGUUGUCUACGAGUUCUUCCUGCGCUUUAUCGAAAGCCAGGACUUCAACACCAACAUUGCCAAGGCGUACAUUGACCAUAGCUUCGUGCUGCAGCUGCUGGAGCUCUUUGACUCGGAGGACCCGCGCGAGAGAGAUUUCCUCAAGACGACGCUUCACCGUAUCUAUGGCAAGUUCCUGAACCUGAGAUCGUUCAUCCGUCGCUCCAUCAACAACGUAUUCUUCCAGUUCACAUACGAAACGGAGAGGUUCAACGGUAUUGCUGAAUUGUUGGAAAUUCUGGGCUCUAUCAUCAACGGUUUCGCUCUGCCGCUGAAGGAGGAGCAUAAGACCUUCUUGACGCGGGUAUUGAUACCUUUGCACAAGGUGAAGAGUCUCAGCAUGUACCACCCUCAGCUGGCGUACUGCAUUGUCCAGUUCCUUGAGAAAGAUGCAUCUCUCACAGAGGAGGCAAGUUUUGGAUCCGAGGCUUCGCAUAGUUUUGUUGUCCUCGGACUGCUCCGCUACUGGCCCAAGGUCAACAGCACAAAAGAGGUUAUGUUCCUUAACGAGGUCGAAGACAUUUUCGAAGUCAUGGACCCGGCUGAAUUCGCCAAGGUUCAGGAGCCUCUUUUCCACCAGCUGGCCAAGUCGGUUGCUAGCCCCCAUUUCCAGGUUGCUGAGCGUGCUCUUUACUUCUGGAACAAUGAGUACUUCUGCAACUUGGUCAGUGACAACGUUGAGAUUAUCCUGCCCAUCAUGUUUGCGCCUCUAUACGAGAACUCCAAGGGACACUGGAACCGUACGAUUCACGGCAUGGUUUAUAACGCCAUGAAGCUGUUCAUGGAGAUCAACCCUCAAUUGUUCGACGACUGCUCCCACGAUUAUACCGAGCAGCAAAACAGCGCCGCAGCCAGAGAGGCCCUCCGUGAAAGAAAGUGGGCGUCAAUCACCGACCAGGCCAACCAGAGACGGUCAGCCAACGGUGCGGGCGCUCCGACAUCAGGUAGAGCACACGCUGGCUCCCUUUCUCGCGUUGAUGAAGUCGACGGAACCGAAGACAAUCAGAAGCGAUUAGACUCUCUCAAGCUGCAAGAUGGCGACCGCAGGGAACGUCGGCAUGAGCAACAAGACUCGGUAGGAUCAACCCGAAGCGAAAAAUGA